UACCUGAUCAUAAUCAGCCCGUUCGCCGUGCGGGCUUAACGGAUCGGUUUAAAAUACUCACGAGAGGACGCUGGAUCACAUGCGUCAUGCCUCCCAAGGCAAUGCACCUAAAAUUUAUGGUUGACGGCGGCUAGUGUAGCCGGGCGAUCACAUUUGCACAUUUCUGCAGUCACCGUUCAUUCACAUGACAGCUUUGAGCCGACUUUUGGAUGGAAUACGUUGCAGUCGCUCGUCGUAGCGCUUGAAGUAUCUUGAAUUAUCAAAUCAGUCGCCUGAGCGGUGUGCUCAGGGACCGCGUGCAGCGAAUGCCCAACUCCAGGAAUUUGUGUAACAUCCUGACGGACAUCGGCAUACGCUUCCGAUGACGAUCGCACUGCGGUCAGAUCACGGCAGAUCUCGCAAAAAGGCGUCUGGUUUUGUAGCACUUCACAGGAGGCUGGGUAGGUAUCGCCUGUAGCUACUCGGGCACGAUGCGUUCCAGAUGUGGACAAACCGACAUGAAUGUCCCAUAUUCGCAUCGAUCAUGUGGUAACGCAGAGACGUGGAUCGCUGUCGGAACCAACAUUCCUGAUGCGCUGGCAUAUCGCUUCAAUCAAGUAUCGUCUCAUCAUGCUUCUUAUGGGUGGAAGCAGCUCCGUGUACAUAUUGAGCGUGCCGUGCUCUCAAUAUUGUCGACUGUGGGAGGUCAUCUCCUGCCCAUCUGCCGGAUUCGCCGUGACGAAAUCCAGUUUCUUGUUCAUCUGCAAGCCCUUGGAGUGCUUCACCAAUUCGAUCACGCCGACUCGUCCACGAGCCCAUCGCGACAACUCUUAUUACACAUAAGUGCUCAUUGCAGCCAAAUCACAACCCUCAGCCUCCGAUUCACAUCGGACCGUUCAUCAUCUGAUAUCUGCCUGACUAGCACCCGCACUUCUUCUUGAGACCAUCCGCGAAGCCUUCGACGUCAUGGAUGGCAUGCGAUCUACUGUCCCGACUUCAUCUGGUACUGCCCUCACAAUGCCCAAUCUUCAAGCGAGCCGCGGAACAUCGCAGACUCAAGGUCGCUGCAGCUCCCUGCAGUUAUAUAUCAAUCUGGCACCGAAGGACGAUCCGUGGAAUGAAUUCACAUGGAGAGGCAAAUUGAAUGGUGAUGUCGAGUCAUCGUCUCAGGAAAACCGGUCAAUGAAAUCUUCUCUGUGACCAGAACGAUUGCAAGCGGAUGAAAUGAUGGAAUCUAUUCGCUAUUGCAAAAGAUAGCAGGGUUACAAUGUGGGAAGAGCUGUGCUCUGUGCUUGCUGAAGUCGAGGAUGACUAACGUAGCC